AUGAACCUAACACACAGGAGGCGGCCUUUAGCCGACCAGAGCUUCCCAAAUGUCACCAACAGCUCGACCGCCUGGGUCACUGAGAACGAAACGGCGGGGCAUCUCCAGGAGCUGAUCCGCACGGCCACUCUGACCACGUGUACCCUCCUGCUGCUACUUACGUUCUGCCUGGGGACAUACGGCAACCUGGUCGUCUUCUUGUCCUUCUUCGAUCCAGCCUUUAGAAAGUUCCGCACUAACUUUGACUUUAUGAUCCUGAACCUGUCCUUUUGUGAUCUGUUCAUUUGCUGUGUGACAACGCCCAUGUUCGCUUUCAUUUUAUUUUUCGAUUCAGACAGCAGCGUCUCGGAGGCUUUCUGCUUCGCCUUUCACCUCACCAGUGCUGGACUGAUAAUAAUGUCCCUCAAAUCUGUGACCACAAUAGCUCUCCAUCGCUUGCGCAUGGUGCUAGGUCAGCAACCCAAUGCAACAGCUUCUUCUCUCUCUACACUUAUCCUCACCAUCAGCCUAUGGACCCUGAGCUUCACCCUCGCUAGCCUGGCUACCUUCUGGACAUAUCCUGAGAGUUCCAGGGUAUGUGUGCCCCUCCUUGGAUGCACCAGUAGAGAUGGUAGAAUCAUUCUCUAUCUGUAUGUUACAGAUUUUGCAUUUUGCGUGGGCACUGUAUCGGUCUCCUAUGUGGUGAUAGCUCUCGCCCUGAAGAGAAAUGCACACGUGAGGAAGUGUGCUAUCGUCACUGUUGAUACAUUAAAGACCAACACCCUCAUGAGGACAGGUGCCAACAGUGUGCAGACUGUUAAACUACCUCUUUACCGAAAUCAGUAUUAUAAUAAACUCCAUCACAUGCAAAGACACUCUUACACACAAGGACGUACUCACGUCCAGGCUUCUAAAAACAGGUUGCAACUGGCGUCCUCCGUGAACCUUUCAGGCACAAAAGAUUCAAAGGCUGUAGUCACAUGUGUUAUCAUUGUAUUCUCGGUAAUAGUUUGCUGCUUGCCAUUAGGAAUCUCCUUCUUGCAAGAUGUCUCAACACCGCAGAGUAGUUUUAUUUUAAAUCAGUUUAAGCUUUUUGGAUUCACAUUAAUAUUAUUUAAAUCAGGACUAAAUCCAUUUAUAUACUCACGCAGCAGUGCCGGACUCAGGAAGAGAAUUCUCUGGUGCACGCAAUGUGUGGCCCUCGGCUGCUGGUGCUAUAAGCACAAGACUUGGUUACGAGCAGUAGGUAAAGGGAGCCUGGAUGUGAACAGAAACAAAUCAUCUCAUCAUGAAACAAAUCCAGUUUAUAUACUGUCUCCUAAACCACAGUCUUAUGGACCCAGUCACUUGAGUGGUAGUAUAUUAAACCCCAAAGUAUCUGUUGGGCACCAGAAAUGUGCGCAAAAUAAGCCAAUCCCCAUCAACGCAAAGAUUCAGCCUUACUGUAGCAUUUACAACAGUAGUUCUUCCAGGAAAUCAAGCAGCCCAAGCAGAUCGCCACCAAUGAAUGCUGUUAGUGCAUUUGCCAAAUCGCAUGGUGCCAUGUAUUACCAUACAGCAGAAAUACAAGAGUUUGUUCCGGAGCAUGAGAACACCUCUGCCGAACGAAUACCCAUCCCGUCCGUUUGA